CUGUAGGGAGGAGACUGGAGAUCUGGGUAGUCCGAGAGUACUCGAACUUGACGUUGAAAGGAUUUCGUGAUUAAUUCAACGUAGAACGUUUGUUGUAAGUUGGCUUUGUGAAGAACCGGUUGACUGUUAUUGGGAGUAUCUAAGUGCAUGGUGCAACUGAGGAACACUUACAUCAUUACGAACUUGUGGCCUGAACAAUAAGGGAGUGAACAAUUUAGUUUUGGCAUAUUUGAAUAUCUGAGGACAUGAAGUUGACCUUCACUCUAAAGACUAGCAUAACUUGGCUGAUGUGUUGGAAACUUCCUGUCACUUAAAGUCUUAUUCAUAGUAUUUAGUAAAUCUGAAAAUGAGUCUCAAAGAAAUGUAAGAUCUAGAUUAUUUUUAAAAAAAGAACUACUAACAGAAAGCAUUUUGUAAAUUAGGUUUAUUAAGUCUCAUUUUAGCUGGCAAAAUGAUUGAUUUAAGUCACCUAACCGAGGAAGAACAAGUCUCUAUCAUGAGGGUGCUACAGAGGGAUGCGGAGUUACGAAAAGUCGAAGAAAAGCGAGUUAGACAUGUGCAAGAAUCAGUUAAAAAUGAAGUUCAGCGCAAGAAUAUGACUGGCGAGUGGUUUUACAAAGCCAAGGCAAAAAGACACAAAGACACAUUACACGGAGCUGAGUUAAUCAAAGCAUCCAUGCGGAAAAAGAAACCCAUGACUAUCUAUGAAAGGCUCCAGUCCAAGGAAUUAAAAGAGAAUUCCAAGAGCUUCAUGAAUAACAUUGAAAAAAGUGUCUAUGUAUCUCCUGAACUUUCUGUUUUUCUAGAAGAACCAAAGUUGGAAGAUCCUCACACAAGUACAACUUUACAUAAAAAUAACAGCGCUCCUAAACUGAAAGCAACACCAAGGCAAAGCACUCCAUCAGGAAAGCAAAGAGAAAAUCCUUUCAACAGAACAUUUUUGGCAGAUGACAUUCCAAAUGGAGAGAAGAAAUCAUUGCAAUUGGUUGGUACAGAGUCAGUGUCCGUGACUCCUUUAGCAGAGAAGUUAUCUCAGCCAAAGGAAAAUGUUUCCAGAUUACAUACUUCCUCAAAUGAAUUUCUUGAAACUAAGAAACCAUCUCUUGCAGAGGAUGGUAUUUAUUCAGAAGGUCACCCAGUGCCAAAACCAAGGACUAUUUCUUAUAAACUGCAAGAUUCUAUACCCUCCAGUGAUCAACAUCACACUGCACCAGGACUCAUGAAUCAAAAUGGUUUUAAUGGCAACUCUACGACUCCUAAAAAAAGCAUUUUGAAACAUAGCCCAAGUUCAAGUUCCAAUGAUUCUGAAAUUCUACUAGUCAAUGUUCAGGACUCGAAAAGGAAGAUUGCAGCCUCUCCUCAAACAAUUUCAGAAGGGCUAGCAGAGAUUAAUGCAGUUGUGGACAAUGAAGAAUUGCUUGCACCCAAUAGUCUUGAAAGAUUGAAGCAAGUCAGAUUUUCAUCCAAUGUGGAUGAAAAGAAGAUAUCGCCGACACUAGAGUUUUAUAAUGAAAACAAGAAUUCCAAAAUUGGUGAAGGUUCUCUUCUAGACACUGAUUAUUCUGAGGAAACCAUUGAAGAAAAUGCAGAUGGCAUGGAUAAUGCAAGGGAAGAUGAAAGUCCAGAUGAGGCCAAUGGGGUUUCUGUUCAGAGUCAUUUAUCUUUUUUAUCAGAAGACCCAUUGAACAUGGAUCAAGAUGAUAAUAUUUUGUCCAAUUCAGACUUUCAGUCUAUCCCAGCAACAAGUUCACAUACAGCAAACUAUACAAAUAAUCACUUAGCAAGUUCUGGUUCUGAUAAGCUAACUAAUCGAGUCCGUGAAAUGGACACAGGCGAGAUACUAACAGAAAAUAAAGUCAACCGGAGAUUGAAUUCUGCAUCAAAUCUGGCCAAUCAUAGUGUUGAUAAGCGAGUACUUCACACUGAAUUUGAAUCUCCUCAGGUCUCAAAUCAGCAGCCUGCAAAAAUAUUCCAAGGACGUUCCCCACUUGUAGAGGAAAAUGACAUUCCCCAAAAGAAUUUGAACAAUUCUGAGUCAUUGGGCAACAUGAUCCAUGGUAAUCUGAAGACAGUUGAAGAAGAUAAAUUAUCAUCUAUUAAAAAUGACAAAGGGUCUAAAUAUAAUGAAAACCUAGGAAUAGAUUUAAAUAAGGAUAACAGAGGUUUUGAUUUGCAAGACCAAUUUCAAAUGGAGUUAAAUCUUCCAUCUGGAACUACUAGAACAAGCACCUUCAAGGAAAAUGGUGAUCGUCCUACCAAAAAAUCCAUGGAAAGUUUCAAGGCAGGUGCACAGGACAACCCUGAUCAAGAUGCUUCAUCAAAAAAUGUAUUGUUAGACUAUUCAAGAGGAAGUGACCACUUACAUGCUGAAACCUGGAGAAGUUCACUCAGUGAGGAAGAAGAGGGGUCAUCUUUGGCUUUGAAAAGAAACUCACGCACAAGUGAAACUUACAAAAGUCUGCAAGAUAUCCAUGUUAUCUCCUCAAGAAUGCCUAAUAGCUUGGAUUCUACAAACCAAGAAAUGCUGCUCAGUGCUGACAAUGUUUCCAGUAUUCCAACAACCCCAGAAAACACAUCUUUACAGUCGAAAAGGAUGAAACGGCUGAGUAAGUCAGUACCUGCUUUUCCAGAGAAUGAUGAUGCAGACUCUAUGUCGGAGGGCAGCUUCCAGAUGGACAAGUAUGGGACAAUCGCCAGCUCUCUAACAAACAUUAGCGGCUCUUCUGGCAUGGCAUCAAGAUCCUCUGUUAGUGGAAGUACAAUGAGCAUCUACAGCAGUGACAUUGGAAAUAUUGAUGUCAGAGGGAAGAUACAGUUUUCAUUGGAUUACGUAGACAAGUUGAAAGAGUUCCAUAUUUUUGUGGUACGCUGCUCAGACCUAGCUGCUGCUGAAGAGAAGAAAAAUCGAUCUGAUCCAUAUGUGAAAAGUUACCUGCUUCCAGACAAAAUUAAAACUGGUAAAAGGAAAACAUCAGUGAAAAAGAGAACCUUGAAUCCGGUCUACAAUGAAAUACUGAGGUAUAAAAUUGACAAAGCCUCCCUGAUGGCUCAAACAGUGAACCUGUCUGUCUGGCACAAUGAUACAUUUGGCCGCAACAGUUUUCUAGGUGAAGUAGAAGUAGAGUUAAGGAAGUGGGAUUGGAGCAACAAGAAAAUGGAUUGGCACGACCUGAAACCAAGGACAAUUUCAGCUAACAAAACUGGUGAUAAAGGCAGCUUAAAAGUGGCUUUCCGUUUCAUUCCUCAGGGAUACAAAGGCAAAAAAACAGGAGAAAUUCAAAUCUGGGUGAAAGAAGCCAGUAAUUUACCACAGAUUAGGCCCAGUCGUUUGGAUCCAUUUGUUAAAUGCUUCAUUCUUCCAGACACAAGCAAAAAAAGUCGUCAGAAAACACGGGUUGUGAAGAAAAGCACAAAUCCUGUAUUCAAUCACACCAUGGUUUAUGAUGGUUUCAGCACUGAAGAUCUUAAGGAUGCAUGUGUUGAACUUUCUGUCUGGGACCAUGACAAACUGAUUAAUCAUUUUAUUGGAGGACUAAGGAUUGGCCUUGGCACAGGUAAAAGUUAUGGAUUGACAGUUGACUGGAUGGAUUCUACAGAAGAAGAAAUAUCUGUAUGGGAUAAAAUGAUGACCCAUCCAAAUACUUGGGUUGAGGACGUGCUCCCUUUGAGAAUGUUGAUGCUCAGCAAAAUGUCAGGAACCUAAACUGAACGUUUUACAAAACUGGAAAAAGAUUUGCCAAAUAAAUUGUGUCUGCACACUAGUUCUAGUUAUCUGGGACAAAAGUUUUUUUAGUUUUGUUGUUGUGACUAGUUAUUUGUACUAGGCUGAGAAACACCUGAACAAAAAUAAGUUUAUUAAAAGAAAAGCCAAAGCUCUAUGCUGCAAUGUUAAUAUAUACACAAUGCUGGAAAUAAUAAUAAUUCAGUUUGAAAAGGACUUCAAAAGUGAAGAUUCAAAUUAACCUUUUCAGUCAGAUGCCACUUUAUUGUAUUGGUACUGCAAUGAAUUAACUACUAACAAAUCCAACUUUCCUUUCAUACCUAUGUUCCUAUUAUAUAUCAAUGGCAGAAAGCCUAUACAGUGAUUAUUUUCUGUUGGAGCACUUAAACAAUUGUCAAACUGACUAUGAAGAUUUUAAGAAGUUAAACAAGUAAUAACAAAUGAAGAAAAGAAUUAACCAUUCUUCAUGAACUGCUGCAAAAUAUAUACUGUAAUAUCAGUUUCAAAUAUCCAUUUAAUAAUAAAUUCAAAUGAUAUGAA